UCCCUCUCCCCGCCAGGUUGGGAACGGGGGGAGCGGUCAGCGCUGCGGAGGAGCUCUGUGGCUGAUCCCUCCCAGGCGGGGGGAGGAAGCGCCGGGGGCGGACUGAUCUCCUGCUUCGCGGCGGACCCUCGCGCACUGGGCGCUGUCUGUGGUUCGGCUGGCCUGACAAUUAACCAAGCGAAAGAGGCCCCUCCUCCUCCUCCUCCUCCCUGCUCGCCCCCGCCACUCCCUAUGAGGGAGGCCGCCCCCCGCCCCUCCAAAGAGGCUCUCUCUCGGAAGCUGACUGACGUUCGAAGAACCCCUCCUCUGUAGGCAGGGGAAAGCCCUCCGCUUGGGACCCCGCAGAAAACCGGACUCUGCCGGGUGUGCUUCUCAGUCCCGCAGCAAAGCCAGCCAGGCUCUUGGCUAAAAUGUCGGCCGAGGCUUUCUUUUUUGGCCAAUCACAAGCGGCACUGUGCAGUGGGUGGGCACGAAGUUCGGCCCGCCCACAAAGCUGGCUUUGGGAGACGCCUCAGAGAACUGGGAUGACCUUCAACACUGAAGAAGCCCACAGUAUUAUUAAAGAUUGCAUUGAAGGUGUUCUGGGCAAAGCAGAUUACGAUCAUGACAAAAUCAAUCAGUGGACUGCUGCUAUAGUUGAACAAUCUUUAACACAUCUGGUAAAACUGGGGAAAACAUACAAAUACAUUGUAACCUGUGCAGUCAUGCAGAAGUGUGGAGCUGGCCUCCACACAGCAAGCUCAUGCUUUUGGGAUACCACAACUGAUGGUACCUGCACAGUCAGAUGGGAAAACAGAACUAUGAACUGCGUUGUCAACGUCUUUGCUGUAGCCAUUAUCCUGUAGCAAACUGGACAAGCUGCACUAAGUUACGCCAAAGCCUUUAAGAUCAGAAGCUAUCAAGUAUUCAGAACACGUUGUAAGAAUUAUUAUGUAAUACUAUAUUCAUACUAUAUCCAUGCACUAGAGAAAGAGGUAUGAAAUAUGCUAUUUAAAAGUUGCUGCAUAAAAUGUAUAUAUUAUGGUAAAGCAUAAUUUUCAGUUUAGCCAGCUGCCAACUUGCUAAGACAAGCUUUUAAGUGUUCCAGGACUGUGGGGAUAUGCAUGACUGUUUUGGCAGGGUGGGAAGCGGUACCUUUUAAGCAUGAGUAAAUCAGGUCCUUGCCUGCUCCUCCUCUGCCCUGCUGCUUUUCCGGGUGCGAUGCUGCCCCGCUCAGAAGUCUGCAUGCAACCGUGGGGCUUCCCCACCACAAAGGCUGCUGGGUAAAGCCCUGCAGCCACGUGCAAACUUCUGGGUGAUGAAUGUGGCGGAGGAGCAGGUAAGGACCUGCUUUACUCAUGCUCAAAGGUACCACUCCCCGCCUCACGAAAACGAUUCGGUGGACAACACCAAAUCGAUUUGUGCACAUUCCUUCAGGACUGUGAUGGGGAUUUUUUUGUUUGUUUUUUGCCCCUCUGGAAGAAGUGACGUUAAAGUUAAGUAAAAAUAAGAAUGUGCAUGUUUGCACCAAUUUACCACUGCCACAGGAGUGUGAGCAUGUUAGGCCCAAAUUAUUACUGCCCUCUGUAAUCAUUAGGGGGAAGGGAACAUUAUAUGUAAAGAAAGUGACUGUACACCUUGUGUUGAGUAACAGAAACCAAUGCUUUAAAACAGUGGUUUUCAAACUAUGUCCCAGGAAAACUUGGGGGUGUGGGUGUGGGUUGGAAGCUCAACAGGGAGUUCCUUAAUAGAUCAGUAAUGGCAGACCGGCUUCUCUGAAAGAGAGCUCUUCCACCACUGCCGAGAUGCCCUUCAAUCUGGAGUUGCAGGGGAGUGUUGGGUGUACUGCAGGGCAUGCAUUCACUUGAUGCAGGGUGAUGGUGAGGCCCAACAGACCUGGCCAGUGCUUGUAGGGCAUAACAUACCUAGAGGCCAGAGUAUCUACUUAUUUCAUACAGGGCAUGAAUGUUCUGCAAGCGAAUGCAGUUGUCAUGUUGGAAAUAACGCCGGCAAUGCCUAACUUUGUAUGAUGGCACAAUUCUUAAGACAUAUUGAUUAAAUUAGGAAAGUGAUAUUAAUCUCAUCUGCAAUGAUUGGUUUGGUGACUGGACUGCUCAAUCCUAAAUUGUGGUGCACCCAGCAAAUAUGUGCUAAGGAUCAGGGGUAGCUAUUGCUGUGUCCACACAAAAUGGCAGCUUUACAGGCAGAUAUGCAUCCACAGAUAUUUAGGAUUGGGAUGGAAAAGUUUAGCAGCACUCUUAUGACAUCAAUACUUUACAAAUCUUCAAGGCAAGCAUUCCUGAUUAAGGGCCAGCUUUCUCCCCAUCCCCCUUGAAUGUUUGCAUAGGAUUGUGCCUUAGUCAUUUAAAACUAUAUACAAGAAAUGUUUCAUAUGUAGGACUUGGGGCAAAGUUUAUAUCAAGAUGCACUGGAAAUGCAGAAUAGUGAACAGUGGCUGCAAUCCUAUGUAAACUUACUUGGAAGUAAGUCCCAUUAAACUCAGUGUGAUCCACUUUUCAGUGACAUAAAUAGGUACAGCUUGUAAAUCCUUGAUAUUCAUGCCUGAGGCCUUGAAAUGUUCUUAGUUAAAAUAAGGCUUCAGUCCUCUGCUUACUUGGGCAUAAAUCCCAUUGAAAGCCAUGGAAUUUACUUCUGAUUAAACAUGCAUAGAAUUGAACAGCCUGUCUUGAUUCCCAGAUCUACAAAAACUAGAAAAUGCUCAACUUCAGUGCAGUGCUACUAAAAACUACUCAAAUUGAGCAAAUUAAAACAUACCUGCAAGUGUUUAGGAUUUAGGGUCUUUUUUACUAAUGUAUUCAAAAACUGUCAUUUUUCAGUUGUAUCUUUGCUAAAACUUGAACCUACACUGUUAGCAUUAAACAUUUUUGGCCUUUGUAAGCACUAAGCAUAAUAAGAAAGACAAUAUAAGCUGUUUUGAGCUGCAGCUGGUUUUUAACCAGUGAGUGGAUUUGCUUUGAAUUAUUGUAAUGUUAUAACAUAUAAACCAAAGGUUUGUGUUCAUAAUGAAGAUGUUGUGUAUUUGAUCAAAUAGAAAAUUAUGUAAUCAAAACAGACAUCUUUUAGUUUCAGAAAUGAAAUAAAUACACAUAUCUAUUAUCUGCACCAAGAGACCUAAAAUGGUACUACAUCAAAAUUUUAUCAAAGCUCUGGAUUCAGAAUUUGCUGUUUUUCUGCCAUAAGCUAUUUUCAGAUUUUUCCAGAAGCAGCAAAAGACAAUCUUGAAGACAGAACAUCUUAUAGGAGGCAAAAACAGAACAUUUGCCUCAACUAGGGAGAAUCAAAGAAACGUAAAGUUUAGAAGCACUUUCUAGAGAAGUCUCUGACCAGCAAAUAAAGGCAUAGAUUCAGUCUCUUUUAUGUAAAUGUGUGUGCCAUGACUGAGACCAGUCAUUGGUUUUAUUAGUCAGUGUUUUUCCAGGCUGCUUUUUGAUGUACUUGAAGAUGUGCUGAGAAAAUAAUUGCUUCAUACAGAAGUUCAGAAAAUACCACUAUGGCAAGAUUGCACUAGAAAUUAUGCUGGCUGGUAUUGUUUGUUUUAAAAUAGCUACAUUUUGUUUUUACCAAAAAAAUAAAAUAUGUCUGCCUUAGCUAUA